UCAUACUAAGUAACAUACCGCUUAAAUAGGUACACUUUUCGCAAUUAUAAUUUAGUCUUUGAAAACGUGCAAAACCCAUUUUGUUUUGUGGUUUUUGUUAAACUUUAAUUUCAAUCCAAAAAUGAAUGUGUGGUUACGUUUCUUUCUGUUAGUUUCGGCAGUAUCUUACAUCAACACGGAUGUUCCUGUAGUGGUGGAUGAUGAACCUCGUAAACCUGAUAGAUGCCACGGUAAUAUCAACAUGCUGAAUGAGCAAUGCUGCCUAUUACCACCGUUCUUCGCUCGCGACGUGGCCCAGAAGUGUGGUGGGCACUUCUCGGUCAUAAACAACGAUGUAAAGAAUAAUAUCACUUAUCGGAGAAGACAUUUGAUUGAAGGGUGCGAAUCUUGGACAUGCAUAGUGACACAGUACAAAUUUGUCACCAAAGAGGGUGACUUUGACGAUGAGAAAUAUUAUGCCCAUUUGGACAGGUGGGUGGAACUCAAUCCCGACUUUGCUGAAGUUAUGGCCAGAGUGAAAGCUGUAUGUAAAGAAAUAACGGAGCCAUAUUUUCCAUUGGAGUUAUGCCAAAUGACAAAACUUCAUUUUUGUAUAAGACGCUCUAUUGAGGUGGACUGUCCGGUAGUGAGGAACACUGAAAUAUGUCUAAAACAGAAGGAAUUUUUUGAUGAGUGUCGAGAAUAUUAUUUCAGGAAAUGAAAAAAUAUUUGUUUUACAGAAAACAUCAAUUUAUUCUAAGAUUCUAUAGUGGAG